AUGAUUCUGUUCAAUCACGAGGGUGACGCUAAUGAUGUAUAUGAUAUGCUUGGGACCAUCUCAGUCCUUACUAAGGAUGGUGUUGGUGAUAAUCUCCGUGAGCAAUCAUCAUUUGCAGGAACAACUGCAAGUGGUCUUUCCACAAAGAAGCCUGGGGAGUUAGCAACUUCAAAGCCUUUUAAGAAGGCACAAAAGCCACAACUGAGAAGUAUGGAGGAUCCGAAGGCAAAAUUGCUAUGUUUUCCUAGAGCAUCAUUGAAUCUUUUUACACAUCUCAUUAAGCCACUGAAGUUAGUUAUGAUCAUGUGGCUAACUGUUGAUGCUCACUGCCGGCUUUUACUGAAUGACAUCGGUUUAUCCCAAAAGCAAGGCAAUAACUAA